CUGCCCGCUUUCGAUAACAGUUGUUUACUUUUCGGCCGCUGGAAAUUAGUCUUUUGCUAGCGCUCUUCCCUUCGACAGUUCAUACCAGCGCACUCAAUCGCCCGUCCCAGGUGCACUUUAGUGAAGGUGUUCUCUUGAACUAGAAAAUCGUUUGUCCAAUUAUAGAACCACCUCAAGGCAAAUUUGGGGAAUUCUGGCAGGCCUCUGUUUCACCUUCGGACCAGAGUUCAGUGCGCGAAAAAGGGGAAUAGUGCCGUUGCAUUGCCGGAGCGGUCCUCGGGGGUUGUUGUGUAUGUCCUUUGGAAAAGUGCAAGUACACGUUGCUAGCGAUCUUGAACGCUAGGGGGAAAAAAAUAAGGCUACUUGAUUCAUUAAAAUCGUUUGUGUCCAGUUAAGGCCGUGAGCAAGUGAAAGCCGCCUUAAAAUGACCAAACAUAAAGUGUUUUCGAAAAAGGCUAAAACCAACCUAACGCACCUUUAUCUGAACGAUAAAAAUAUGACCAAGAUUAACAACAUCUACCCGACGAAAAAUAUUCUCGUCCUGUAUCUGCACAACAACCAGAUAAGCAAAAUUGAGAAGCUGAGCGCCUUCGCGCACCUCACGCACCUGUACCUGCAGUGGAACAAUCUGCGCAAAAUAGAAAAUCUGGACAGUUUAAAAAACCUGAAGCAACUCUACCUGGGCUAUAACAAAAUAACGCGGUUGGAAAAUUUAGGCAGUCUCAAAAAGCUCGAACAACUCCACAUCGAACGGCAGCAGCUGGAUGGGGCGGUACGGUUCGACUUUGACCCGGAAUGUCUGUGCGCUUUGGCGAACCAUUUGAAGGUGUUGAACAUAAAAAAGUUGAAGCUAGCCAACAUCGACGCACUGGAACCGUUGUGGAAGUUGGAAAUUCUGCUCGCCUCGGAGAACAAUUUCAAAUCUACGGACGACAUAACGCCCGUCAUCAGUGCACUGUACUCGUUGCGUGUUCUCGAUCUGCAGGGCUGUUCGGCCCAGCGCGAUGUGCACUACCGGGAGAAGGUCACGGCAGCCGCCGGGCAUAAGCUACUGCUGCUGGACGGCAAGAUGAUAUCGCAGUCGACGCGAAACUUUAUCAAAAACUUCCAAACCGUCAAGCUGGAGAAGCAACGGCGGGCCAGUGAAAAACCCAAAACAGCCGACACGGGCACGAACUCCAAGGCGUCCUUCGAUAGCGUGAACAGCGAGCGGAGCAUCGGACCGCCGAGCGGGUUCGUCGAUCCGUUCAGUGCGGUGCUACCGCACAAGUUCCCGGGCAACUCGCUGUUCCAGGUGUCGACACGACGGCCGGCCUGCACGCGAGUACUCCGCAAGCCCGUCAAGUCGCCGCUGCUCACGAAAACGAUGUCAGCCAACUUUUGUGACGAGAUGGCAUUCCGCUCGAACGAGCUGCACCCGGCGACGACCGUCGUCAUGCUGCAGGGCAAAGAGAUUAAGGCGGGCACGCCGGUGUUUAAGGAUAAGUUGCGUGCCCAUCGAAAGAUACAAUCGUUGCCCACGAUCGAUCACUAACACGUUUUAGGAGAGGGGGGGGGGGGGGGGAGUUAAUUUGGUGUGGAGCGUGAUUCUUCUACAUUUGUUUCGGUAGUAUUUCGUGUUUAAAUUGAUUGAUUAGGCCCUGAUUGCUGUGUGCUGUCGAGUGUUGUUUGAAAAUAAAGAAAAAAAACCCUCACGUUCGUGGUGUUUAGAAUUAAUGUGUGUUAAAAGUGGUAGACCAAUAAAAUGCAACCAAAUAAAUGCACUAAGAGCCUGCAGAGCAAAUGUGGCAAUAAUCGUAUUUUUAAUUAUUUCUUUUAAAUCUGUUUAAUUUAACAAAUUACAUUCGUUUCGGUAGAGGUCCGCAUUACCGUGGGCCCGGUUCGCAGCUGGGAAUGACCUUGACAGGGCUGACUAUUUAACUAUGAGUAAAUAAAAAACAAGAAAAAUUGUCGAUGGAGACGCCUAGUAUCUCUAGAAGUGUAAAAUAGUUUGUAUAAAAAAUCACUCAGCUUGUCUUUUUUUAUUUAAAAAAUCAAUGAUUUUUACCAAUUGAUUUAUUGUAUUCUUCCUAGUUCGGUCCUGUAGUUUAUUGAAAAAAAAUAUAAAAAAUACUUAAGUUAAUCUUUUCAAUUUAAUCCCCUUACGGAACCACUGUGGCGUUGCGUGAUUGCAUCAAACAUUUCCGAUGCAUUUUUGCGUGUUUAUUGGUUUGCUCGACUAUUUUCGGAUACAUUUAAUGUCUUGUUGUAAAACAAGCGCCCAGCAGAGCACAUAGCUCUCCCGGACACGAGAUUAUUAUGGAAAAAUGGCACAUUUAUUUUAAUAACAUAAUAUACAUUGUAAUGAUUUUUCCUCCAUUUUUUGUUUGUUUGUUUUGCUUUACCUCUUCCUUCGUGUAGCUGUUGCUGUCUGUGAUUGUGAUCUUGUGUGUUUUCAGUUUUUCCUUUUUCAUAUAAUUUUUCCAUUAAAACGUAGCCAUCGCUGGUAUUAUCAUUACAUCACUGUACGUUAUCAUCAUUCAUUUCCACCACAGUUACCCUUCGUUUUGCUUGUCACCCCUUUUGCCAUUUCAUUCGUUUUUUUUUUUUUUAAUGAUGAUUGUGUUUUAUGUUGCUUGCUUGUCUACUUUUUGCCCUUCCUUACGAUUUGCCAUGGAUUUCCAUGCGCUCAUUUUGAUUUGCAUUGCGCUGCUUGUGUGUUGCUUAUACUGUUGCUUUUUUUUCUCCUCUUCUUUCCAUUUGCUAGUGAAAUACCUGACAAUGAUUUAAUGAGCGCGAUCUUAUUUUAACGAGAGGAAUUGUGUUUUUGCAUUGACUUUGAUAGUGUGGCUUGCACAAAUUUGUGUUCAUCUACUUUCUUCCACAGAGCCAUUGUUUUCAUUUCCUUCUGAUUUGCCUAACGUUUUUCGUUGUAAAACUUGCGUUCGAUUGCAUGAAUAAAUGUGUGCUUCUUGCGAGAGUAGCAUGGCUUUUUGGCAAAGUGAAAGCGAAAUAAUAGAGUCGAAAAAAAACAGGAACAGUAUAAACCAGCGAACCACAAAACAAAACUAAAUCCAUGAUAAAUAAGGAAUACACCAUAAAAAGGGUUGCCAUUGUCAUGGCAGGACUUGCUCUUAGUGCUUCUUUCUUCCGUUUUCUACGCCUUUAUCCAUUCGUGUAACUCGCUGCCCGGUAAUGUACAACGAUUGUAACUGUUGCUAGUUUAACAACUAGUUUCCGGGGUUGGGGGGGGGGGGGGAUAAGGAAAUGGUAUCCAACACUUGUAUGUAUAAAAAAGGACAGCUACAACUAAAGCAUCAUUAAGAAAAUAAUAUGUACUCCUCCUGUCGUAAAAAUACUCUUUUCGCUUAGCUUAUUCGCACACACGCACUUAUGUGUGUGUGUGGAGUGUUUUGCCCCCCCUUUUUUCCUAGUGUGUUUUGUUUUUCCUCCUUCUUUGCGCGCACCUUUGCUACAAUAGAGUUCACUUAAAACAUUAUUACCAUUACUACGGCGGUAAAAUAAAAUAAUUAAAAUAGCAUAAUAAACAUAAAACGAACAUUGGAAGGUGUACAUUUUCAAAUG